AUGGACGAGGAACGUAAGCGGCAGCGUCGGCCGCGCGCCAAGCACCUGCAGGGGUUCGGUGUGGACUGGCGGAGGCGCGGGUACCUUUGCGAUGACGGCCUCAGCACUACCGACGACGAGGAGCGCACGCGCUUCUCUCAGAACGGUUGCAGGGCGGCGCGCUCCGCCUUGCUUCGCCAUGUCGACCGCGAUGGCCGCAGGGAGACCUCGUACCAAAAGAAGCGCUUUCGGGGCGAGGUCGGCGGCUGGGGGCGCCACCGGGGCGCAGGGUUUUACGACCCUGGCCUACACGCGCCACGCUCCCGCGAGGAGGAGGAGGCGAAUCUUCGAGCCGCCCUCACUGCGUCUCUCAACGACAACGUUCGUCCCUCGCCCUCUUCGUUGCCCUCUUCGUUGCCCUCUUCGUUGCCCUCCCUCGGCCCCGAGCUCGAGCCGCCGCCUCCACCGUUUGUCGAGCGUCAGUUGCUCUGGCAGCACCGUUCCUGCUCGCCCUGGGGCUCACUCGUCUUCAUCGGACCUCAGUGCGGGAGCGGCAGUGGCGGCAGCGGACCUGCUGUGAUCGAUGACACGCGGGCGGAGAACGCCGAGCCUUUCGCCCACCCGCUGUACGAAGAGGUGCCCUGGCCCGGAGCCUUGCCGGCCGACCGCGACGCACUCGCACGACGGUACCAGCGAGAGGCGGAGGCGUGGUCGAGCUGCGCCAUCACCGCCGCGGCUGCAGCUGAGCGUGAGCUCCUCGGCCUUCUGAAAGCAAAAUCGACCUUCUUCCCGGGGUCGCUGCCGAUCCGCGAGGGGGAGGAGAAGUGUCACGCUGCCACCAAGCUGGCGGCGACGACGGCCAGCGCAGCGGCGACUGCCAUCUCCCGCCUCGCCGCCUUGCCGCCAUCAAAGGCGUUGCCGCCAUCGCCGCCGUCCGACGCGUUGCCGCCCGCCGUCGGUCCCUCUUUACUCGCCUACGCGGCCUACUCGUCGCUUCGCGGAGGGAGCGUUCCCGACGGACUUCCGCCGUACAUGGUACGUGCGGCGGAGGGGGAGGAGGAGGGGCAGAAGGAGGAGAAUCAGCAGUGGGAGGAUCCGGAGGACGACGAGUGGGACGAAGUCUCGGAGGACGAGCCGGAGGAAGAGGAGUCGGGGGCUCACCUCGGCGAGGCUGCUGCCGCACUCGCGGGGCUCGGCGCGGCGGCGGCGGCGGCGGCGGCGGCGGCGGCGGCGGCGGCGGCGGCGGCGGCGGCGGUGGCGGCCUCGGAGUUUGUGGACUUCGACGUCAGCGACUCGGAGGAAGAGAUCGAGGCGCCGUGUGCCGUGAUCGAGGAGUCCGGCUUCCUGGAUCAGCUCGACUAA